AUGCGCGUUGGUACCGUGAUCUCACUUCUAGCCUGCCUCGGUCUGGGCUCCGCCCAGGUCAUCACUCGCGAUGUGACAGUUAUUGGCGGUGGCUCGGCGGGCACAUACGCGGCCGUUAAUCUGCGCGAGAGGAAUCAAACUGUUGCCGUUAUUGAGAAAAGCGGUAGGCUAGGCGGCCAUACCGACACCUACUUCGACUCAGCUACCGGCACAUAUGUCGACUUCGGCGUAAUCUACUACGAAAACUUGACGGUAGUUCGCAACUACUUCAACCAUUUCGGGAUCCCCUUGACCACCGUACCUCCGUCUGGUGGAGAGCCCCAGCGCAUCGACUUCCGUUCCGGGACACCUGUCGACGCUUCGCAGGGUAAUGUCUCCGAUGCCCUAUCCCGGUAUGCGGCGCAGCUACUGAAGUACCCCUAUCUCGCUGUUGGGUUCGACCUGCCGGACCCGGUUCCUGAAGACCUAACGCUACCAUUUGGCGAGUUUGUCCAGAAGCAUGACCUUGGCUCAGUGGUGGAUGUCAUCUUUUCCUAUGCACAGGGUGUGGGAGAUCUCCUACAACUGCCGACUAUCUAUGUGAUGAAAUACGUUUCGCUAGAGGUGAUGGAUGCCAUGCAGAACGGCUUCCUCCAGACAGCUAACCACAAUAACGGCGCACUGUACGUGGGUGCCGCGGAGCAAUUGGCAGCUGAUAUCUUCUUCAACAGCACUGUAGUUUCCAUGGACCGCGACGGCGACCCGGAUUGGGUACACAUCGAAAUACAGACACCAGACGGUCGCCAGAGCAUUCGAACAAAGCAGGUUAUCUCCGCCAUCCCGCCGACGCUGGAUAACCUGGACGGCUACGAUCUGGACGAAGUUGAACAAGGGCUCUUCGGCCUGUUCAGCAGCAGUGCUUACUACACAGCCCUAGUGCGGGUCGACGGCCUUCCUGCUGGGACAACCGCUUUCAACCGCGCAAACGAGACACAGUAUAACCUCCCACCAUUGCCGGGCGUGUAUGUCCUGACCCCGACCGCUGUGCCGGGUCUUUACAGCAUCUUGUACGGGAGUGAGGGUUUUAUCAGCGAGGAAGAUGUCAAGGACGCCAUGUCACAGGCCAUACAGUAUCUGCAGGUGAAUGGUAGCAGCCCAGACUAUGUGGCCUACGAAGCGCAUGCGCCGUUUGAACUCAAGGUGUCGCCUGAUGUUAUUGAUAUGGGUUUCUAUCGGGAGUUGAAUGCGUUGCAGGGACGUCGGCGUACAUAUUAUACGGGGGCUGCUUUUGAUGCGCAUGAUUCAUCGCGCAUUUGGCGAUUUACAGAAACCCUGUUGCAGAACAUGCAAGGGAAGCAAUAA